AUGCCAAAUGGAAAACGAUAACCGAGCAAAUUGAGAAAGCCGUGGAAGGCUAUGAGCCGUGUGUAAAGGAGAACUGCAGCUGCCACCAGAGUGUCUGGAAGCAGGACCUGGCUCCUUUUCGGGGUGGCAUUUCCAAGGAGAUAAUAUCAGAUGUGGUGAGCCGGAAGCUUGGGACACACUACCAAAUCAUUAACAGCAAAUUGUACCGUGAGCAGGACUGCUUGUUCCCCGCAAGAUGCAGUGGAGUUGAGCACUUCCUUCUGGGAAUCAUCAGCCGCCUUCCUGACAUGGAAAUGGUGAUCAAUGUGCGAGACUACCCACAGGUCCCCAAGUGGAUGAAACCUAUUAUCCCAGUCUUCUCCUUCAGUAAGACAUCUGAAUACAAUGAUAUCAUGUAUCCUGCCUGGACGUUUUGGGAAGGAGGACCAGCUGUUUGGCCAAUUUACCCAACAGGUUUAGGGCGCUGGGACCUCAUGAGAGAGGACCUCAGAAGAUCUGCAGAAAAAUGGCCAUGGGUGAAAAAAAUCUCUAAAGGCUAUUUCCGAGGAUCCAGAACGAGCCCUGAGAGAGAUCCCCUCAUUCUGCUGUCCCGGGAAAACCCAGAACUUGUUGAUGCUGAGUACACCAAAAACCAGGCUUGGAAAUCUGAGAAGGACACCUUAGGGAAGCCUCCUGCAAAGGAAAUUCCACUAGUUGAUCACUGCAAAUACAAGUAUCUAUUUAAUUUCCGGGGAGUGGCUGCCAGUUUCCGGUUGAAACACCUCUUUUUGUGUGGUUCACUCGUCUUUCAUGUUGGAGAAGAGUGGUUGGAGUUCUUCUACCCGCAGCUGAAGCCUUGGGUCCACUACAUCCCAGUCCGAUCAGACCUCUCUAAUGUCAGGGAGCUGUUGCAAUUUGUGAAGGAAAAUGAUGCCAUAGCACAAGAAAUUUCAGAGAGGGGACGCCAGUUCAUCACGGAGCACUUGCAGAUGGAGGAUGUGUCUUGCUACUGGGAGCAUCUGCUGUCUGAAUAUUCCCAAGCCUUGACUUACAAAGUGAAAAGGAGGAAGAGCUACAGCGAGAUCGCUCCUGAACGGCUGAAAACAGAACUGUAGAGACUUCUCUGUUUUUCUCUUCAGCUCAAACUGAUCUCUGUGGAAAUUUGAAGAUCAGUGUAUCUUC